AUGAUGACUAUCGGUAUCAUGGCUCUCCCACUCGUCAUCUCCGUUUUCAAACCCCUCACCACCACCACCCGCCUCCACUCCACACUCUUACGCCGCCGCCGUUUCACUACUUCUACUCUUACUGCCUCCGCCACAACCACUCCCCAACAUUCAACUUCUCUCUCCUCUCAACACUCUUCAUCAUCUUCCACUUCUACGCUCCCCAAUCACAACCUCUCUUCCCUCACUUUCCAGCAAGCCAUUCAGCGCCUUCAGGAAUAUUGGGCUUCUGUUGGAUGUUCCAUAAUGCAAUGCAGCAACACUGAGGUAACUAACUGA